GAUAUUUCUCCACUUCUAUAACUAUUUUCCACACGUAAUUUUGGAAUAUACGAGAAAAAAGUUUUUGUCAUCGAACUGACGCCGCAAAAGCAUUGAAGCCCGUGAAACACAUUCACGGUUUUUUGAUGGACGAAGACUCUGGUUCGAGGCAGCCGGUGGACUGGCGUCUGGACAACGCGGUCGACCUGCCCCCAGGCCCACCCGGCGUCGACGGAAUCGAGAAGGGUGACUCUAGGAGCAGUGCAUCGGGAAAGAGCGCUAAUUCGAGUUUCAGGCACCGUGGUCGAACGGAUUCCCGAAACGCCACAUCGCCCCCAACCACUCGGCGACGGCGAUCCGUGUCUCGUUCACCGACUCCUCCGCGCCGCGGUCGUUAUGACUCGCCUGACUACGGGCGGUACCCCCGACGCCGCUUUGACCGCGACCGCCACCGCCACCGCUCUCCUCCACCCCGUCGCUAUGGACGUUCUCGCUCCCGUAGCGUCUCUCCCCGACGAGGCGGUCGUUGGUCGCCCAAAAAGAAGCCAGCGUCCCCGCCACUUCCCCCGCCUCAGGGGAGACCGCCACAGCAAAUGGCUCCCGGCUAUGGCACUAUGGUCCCACAAAUGUACGCUCCCUAUGGCGCUCCACCUGAUGUUUAUGGCCACCAGUAUGGAAUGCCGCCUAACGCGUUUCCGAACCAGGGACCGGGAUACGGCAUGCCAGGACCAUCGCCUGAGCAAGCCACUUUUGGCGCCGGAUACGCUCCUCCACCCACAGGCGCUUGGGGCGUAAAUGAAUAUGGCCAGCAAGUUUGGAUGACACAGUCCAUGGCUGGAGUGCAGGCGUCUGCUCCGGACGCACUGGCCCAGCCACAGCAGGCCCGCGAAUCGUCGCCAGACAAGCAGUUGGAAGAGGAGCAGAAGGGGCCAGCGCUCGACAGCGCAGGUUUGCCGCAACAGGACGCCGUGGCACAAGAGGCUGAGAAGCAGAAGGACGAGCUAAAGAAACAGCGGGCAAACUACGUCAAGAAAGUAACGCUACUCAAGAAAGAAAUGAAAGUGCUGAGGGACCAGCGUGAAGACUUGGCCGCAGGCGAAGCACCGCCCUCUCCAACUACCAAGAAUUUCAUCGAGGAAAACGACCGCCUGCAGGUCCAAAUUAAGAAGAAACUGGACACAAUUGAAAACGUUAUAGACAUGCUGAACGGCAUAAUUGGCUACGAAGAUGUAGAAGAUGAACCCUCUAAGCCCAAGCUCCACGGGAAAAAUCAGGCUGAACAACAGGGUAGCCGAUCCCACUCCUCCAGUGAUAGCUCCGCUGACAGUUCGGACUCCAGCUCAUCGUCUAGCAGUUCGUCCGCUUCGUCAUCCGAUGGCGGGGACGAGGAGGAGACCGGCGGUGCAGAAGGUAGUCCCACUAAUCAGCUCAAGCAUCGUGCCAUGAAGUCGAUGAAGUCGAAUCAGCGACACGGUGAAACGCAACCAGUACCAGCUCCCACACAAAACUACAAUUUUGUGUUUUUCGAUCCUGAACAGCAUUGGUGCGAGAGUUGCAGCAUUUUUCCAAGGUCCGCGCGAGAUUAUCUCAAGCAUUUGCAUGCCGAAGAACACAUGAAUCGCGAAACCAUAGAAACUCCCUGGCAUGUGGGCAUUGACCACGAUCCCUUUCCUACAUUUGAAAACGCGCCUACCAAACGCGUGCCUGUGCGGGGCAUGCAAUUUUUGGUUCCGGCUAACGCCUGGUUCUGCAAGCUCUGUAGUGUUUGGAUUGGAGACUUGCACUGCGCUUCCGCUCACCUGAAGUCUAGGCUACACUCCAACAAAUAUGAGCUAUUUAUAAACCAGAAUCCCAAGUAUGAAAUCGAGUGGCAAUCCAACCGCGAGCGGGCCAUGAAUCAACAGAGGGAACAAGAUGACUCUAAGAAUAAAAAGAACAAGAAAGACGAGGACAAGGCAUCAAAAAAACGGAAGAAAAAGAGCGGUGAGAGAAAGAAAAAGAAGCGUAAGCAUGGGAAGAAGAGCAAGAGAAGUACAAUCGACGCAAACAGCACAUCGUCAUCCUCUGAUAGCUCUUCGUCAGAAGAUGGUAAGGCGCAGCAACCAAAGAAAGGACGUACCGAGGAGCCAACAAGUGGGCAAUCAGAUAAGCCAAUUAACGCAGCGUCAAUACGCGUGACCAUGCGAAAGCAGGAAACUCCACUAACAUCUGUAAAGCCGCAAGUACCUCUUCAGUCUCUAGCACCGCCGCCGCCUCCAAUCAUAAAGGAUUCAAUAAAUGCUUCAGGCCGGGGUAAAUGGACUUCAGCCAGUGGUGAGGAACAAAAGGAGGAUCAAAAAAAAAGGGACGAAGCUAUGCUGAAGCAGUGGAAUACUGUUCAGCCUGUAAUAAGUGAGAGUGAGAAAAAACUGUUGGAGCAGCUCAAAGGCAGGCUCAAGAAUAAGGGACCGCGUGAUUCGGAGGACCGUAAAAUAAUUCCGCAUACAUCAUUCGAAAGUGAGGGAAAGUUAAAGCGCAGCGGAGGCCGACGUUCCCGUUCCCGUUCUAAGCGGCGGAGCCACACACGUAGCAUUAGUCGCGGACGGGAUAGAGAUCGGAGAGAUCGAGACCGGGAUAGGGACCGUGGUUACCGGCGUCGUUCUCGAAGUCGAGCUAGGCACUUUUCUCGUUCGCCCUUGAGAUCCAGCCGGAGAAGUCGUUCCCGAGAAGGUCGAGGCAGACGCAGUCGCAGUCGCUCUGCCGACAGAAUAGAGCGUCCAGUCAUAAAGCAUUCCGAGUUUCGGCCCCGUACAGUUCCCGAACGCAAGCAGACGGAUACUAAGAGGGACAAGAAGGAUGCAGAGAGCAAGUCAAAGACUUCAAAGCCCUGUAGCAAUUCCUCUGGAGGCAAGAAGCUGCCAUUUAUCGGAAAGAUGCCAGUAUUCAAAAAGCAGCCAAUAGCAGCUUCCAACUAUGAUGCUGUUGCCCUCUAUACCAACGGGUGUUUAGAGGCACCGCCUCCACCGCCUCCGCCAAUGGGUGGAGCAACGGUUCGUCAGCCCGCACCGACAGCGGCGCAGAUUCAGAUGGCCAUGAUGGAAGAUGCUUUCGGCAACGCUCCUCCAUUUCAUCCUGACGCGGGUAUGAUGGUUGACUACGACGAGCUCAUGCCAGAUCCCGUUCAGUUCGCCAACUUGAUGACGAGUUGCCCGCCUCCACCCCCGCCGGGAGAAGGCUCUGACGGGGAAGCCAAUGGCCCAGAGAAUAGUGAACAUCAUGAUAACGAAAACCAUGCGAAGGACGUCUUGCCUCCUGGCAUUGACGAACCCGAAUCUGAUCUGGGAACAAGGCCGCUAGACGCUGAGGACCAACCACGCGACGGGGAACUACCAAAAGAUCUGGCCGAAGCCCUCGAUAUAAUAUUCCCUAGCGAGGGAUCAUCACUGGAGGCAUCAAAUGAAAACAGUGAAAAGCAAACUGAGCCUCAGACUAUCACCACUAUCGUUGAGGAUGACGCAGUACUCAGUGAGCAUAAUCUUCAAGAUCUGGCUAAGCAGGGUAUUCACCUUGUGACUAUUGAUGAAACAAAGGCGUCUAAUAAUUCAACUAUACGGACUCCGAAAAAGGAUGAAGAAUCCCAGAUUCGGAACGGCGAAAAUGUAGCCAACUUAAAAAAUAUGGACGCAGAGGAUAUCCCUAUGCCAAGUUCCCCUCCAGUCUUACCGCAAGUUGAUGAUGAGAUGAAAAUCAAGGCCCUCAAAAAGCAAGCGGAUAUCUCAGAAAUCCCAAAGCCACCGGCAUCGCCUUCAGACAGUGAGAAACUUCGGCGUCAAGCGGAGCUCGAUGAGUUAGCCAUGCUAGGGAUCGACAGCAGUGACAUGGCGGCACAAUAUGCGUUGUAAGAUUUGAGUUGACUUGGCCGCAGAAAAUGGUAGCAGUGACGCCGCAUACACAGAUGAACGGAUCGAAGGACAAGUCGUGGUGUCCCAUAAGAAAUGGAACCGUUUUAUAAUUUAGUUUGAGACCUAUGUUUGAGGUUUUAUGUGACGGAAUGUUUUAAAUAAAUGCGCAUAUUUGUAUGUAA